AUGCUCCCGCCGCCCCCGCGCCAGCCGCCGCCCCAGGCGCGCUCGGCCCGCGGAUCCCUGCGCCUGCAGCGGGCCUUCCUGCGGGGCCCUCUGGGCGUGCUGCGGCUGCUGCAGCUGCUGGCGGGAGCCGCCUUCUGGAUCACCAUCGCUACCAGCAAGUACCAGGGCCCAGUGCACUUCGCGCUCUUCGUGUCGGUGCUCUUCUGGCUGCUCACCCUGGGGCUCUACUUCAUCACGCUGCUGGGCAAGCAGGAGCUGGUGCCGGUGUUGGGCUCGCGCUGGCUCGUGGUCAACGUGGCGCACGACCUGCUGGCGGCCGCUCUCUACGGGGCCGCGACGGGCAUCAUGAUCGACCAGACUCAGAAGCGCAGCUACUGCAACCUCAAGAGCUACCGCCUGCCCUGCGCCUAUCAUGCCUUUCUGGCGGCCUCUGUCUGCGGCGGCCUCUGCCUCGGCCUUUACCUGCUCUCGGCACUCUACGGCUGCUGCCGUCGCUACCAGGGCAAGGAGGAGGUGGUGUGAUGCCGCCCGUUCCACCGCGGCCCAGAUAGGUUCUUGUGUUGCUGAUGUCCCAAAGAUGCCCUGAGUGGUCAAACUGCCCCAGCCACGCCUGGUUGGCUGCAAGGGUCUGCCUGGGGCCAGCAGAAAGCUUGGGGAGUCUUCGAAGCUGGGGACCAGUGGGAAGAAGCAGCAGUCUUUUCUGUACACUCUCCGGUGGAAGCCCCAUGGUGGGGAAAACUGAUUUCCUCCUUGAUGCUAGAAGAUUCCCAAGCUCCUGUGUUAAAAUUUGGGGCACAAGAUUCUGGACACUUGAGACUGAGCUCUUCCCAUCUCCCGCUCCCCAAAUGGCAGCCUCUGUGCCAGCACCUAUUCUUUACCUGUUUGUCCUUUUUUUUAGAUCACCGUCUAAGCUCAGGUCUAGUCCCCUCAGGAUCUCCUCAGCCCCAGUGCUCUGUCUGGAUCUGUGGCCAGGAGCCCUUACUCAGGAGCACACAUCUUGGCCUUUCCAGUGCCUCAUAUACCCUGAUGUGCCUGUAGCAUUCCAGAUCUCAUUAGCUCCACCUGGUGUGCCUUCCAGCUUGGCUUCUAGCAGCUUGGCGGGUCCCUCUGUCUAUCAAAUGCGGGAAGCACAGACAAGAAAGACUGUUCUGCGCCCACCUUUCCUCAAAGGCCAUAGAAUGAUCACCUGAUGCUGCCCAGAGCAA